AUGUUUAUCUUCGUCCAACAUGGAGAUAAUGAACAGUUUCUGCUCAAUACCAAUUGCUCUAUCCUUCUCUUGCUCCAUUACACCAAAAAGAAAAUGGGAUUACGUAAAACAGACAUCAUUGAUUUUUGUGAUGAAACGGGGACCAUGAAGUUACUCUUCCUGUCGAAGACACCUGGAGACUAUGCCAGCAAAUUCCUUACACCUAGAAAUACCUACUACAUUUGUAAAGUGGAGCGUGGGGCACCAGGUAACAAGAUUGAGAAUCCCUACAAAGCUAUUGUGCCCCUCCUGAAGAAUCCAGAACCUCAAAUAGUUGACGCCCUUCGCACACAAUGUGAGUUCUUAGAAAGAAGUCGAAUAAAGAUGCUUAAAGCUCUAGAAGCUAAAAGAUUGGCAGCCAUGGAAUCCGUUGUAAAUAUCCCAACAAAAUCUCCCAAGAGUGGUGUACAGCAGACACCCAGCCCAAGCGGGCAAAUGAAGUCUAAAUCUGCGCGGUCAGAUGACGAUGGGCCACCUUCCAGCCGCAAACCAGUCUAUAAGACUAGAGCAGACUUUGUCAAGAGACACCGUUAA